AUGGCGACACGUCAAGCCGUGUCACACUUAUCCCUCGACUACAAUCGCGAUGGCAUUUAUGAUUUUCACACCAAACACGAACGCCUGAAAGCCACAUUGGAGUAUCUUCUCGCUGAUAUCACUGGACGUUUGCACUAUGUGCGCUGCUUAAUCAUCACAGAAUCGUGCUUCAGAACUCGAUCUCAAGCAUGCCCUUCUGCCACAUCUGUUGAUCUCCGCUUGGUGCUCGUCGUGGCAAACGUUCUGGAGAACGCACAAAAUCUCCGGUACCUACAGCUUGAAUGCAUGCACUACUUAACUAUGGAGCACUCCCGGAUCGUAGACGCCGUCAUUGCUCUUCCUCGUUUGGCAGAAGUCAGGUUGACCGAAGUAGAUUCUCUUACGCUGAAACUUUUGGGCGGCUUGCGCACGUCGAUUCGUCUGGCCUUGAACGUCCCACAGGUCCCACACGUAUUGCCCGAGCUGGCAAAACUUCAUGGUCAUAAUAUUACUGAGCUGGCUUUGCCGAAUCCGUUCAGUAUGAGAAACGCGAUCACACUGUCGCGACACUACCAGUGGCCUUCCGUCCGACGGUUCAGGACGUAUUUCAUUAGUCCUGACAACGAUGACGAGGGCAACUACAUCGGCGACAUUAUCAAGCGGAUAUUCCCAAAUCUUGAGAUCUUUGAGAAACCCGAGCAGGCGAUAAUAGAUGCAUUUGACGGUACCGUACUGAGUGUGAAUCCGAAUCCGACAUACGUGGCAGUACAUCUUUCAAAACAGGCCUAG